GCAGCUGAAACUGUCAAUCAGUACAGAGGAUGGGGUUAUUGUUCUUCAUAUCAUGGAAGCCAAAGGGCUGAUGGGUAAAGAAUACAGGACUUGUGAUUCUUACGUUAAGAUGGCUCUUGUGCCUGAUACUGACCGCAGCAGUCGUCAAAAGACAAAGACUGUUCCAGACUGCAAAAUUCCAGUGUUCCACGAGAUCUUCAGAUUUUCAGUAAAAGAUGAAGACUAUCAGAAAAGGCUUCUGGUUACAGUCUGGAAUCGCAACAGAAACUCCAGGAAAAGUGAGAUGCUGGGAUGCAUGAGCUUUGGGAUUCGCUCUUUAGUUGCACAUGAAAAGGAAGUCGGUGGGUGGUACUAUCUCCUGGGAGAAGAGCUGGGAAGGACAAAACAUUUGAAAGUGUCUGUGCGGUAUCGGAAGCAGCGUCAGGAAGCUCCAAACCAUGCGGCACACACUGAGAGGAGAAGCCCUCAGAAUAUGGACAGCUUAACGGUCACAAUCCUUCGAGGAAAGGAUGGCUAUGGAUUCACCAUCUGCUGUGACUCUCCAGUUAGAGUGCAGGCAGUGGACCCAGGAGGUCCAGCUGACCAGGCAGGGUUACAGCAGUUAGAUACUGUAUUACAGUUGAAUGGACAACCAGUGGAGCAGUGGAAGUGUGUAGAGCUCGCGCACACUAUAAGAAACAGCCGCGGUGAGAUCACUGUUUCAGUGUGGAGGACGGUUCCUCAGAUCAAGCCAGGUUUUGAAAGCCUGAUCCGACCAUCGUACAAGUGCAACUACAGCCCUCGGUCUCUGUCCUGCAAGAGGGAGAAGAACUACAGCAAUAAGCCAGUCCCCUCAGAGCAGAGGCAGAGCUGCCACAUACUGUACAAGGGGACUGACUACAGCAGUCAGCCAGUCCCCUCAGAGCAGAGGAAGAGCUGCCACAUACAGUACCAUGGGACUGACCAAGGCUUUCGUAAUGGCCUGGCCCAGCAGGAGCAGGGAGAGAGUAAAACAGCCCACACUGUGCAGGGCCCCCGCGGUGCUGCUUCAGGAGACCAGAACUACAUCCUGCUCGCCCCAAUAAACCCAGGCAGCCAGAUCCUGAGGCCUGUGUUCCAGGAGAACCGUGGUACUCUUGGAAGGGUUUAUAGAGGGCAUGCUCAUGGGAGAUUGCAACGAAGAUCAACCCUUAUUGAAUCCACUACAAACAAGUCAACACCCGACCACACUCUGAAGAACUACGCUGAUUAUCAGAACUGCACCAUAGUUAGAUCUCAUGUUCCUCACACCAGCUAUGGGACAUACGUGACACUGGCACCAAAGGUUUUAAUCUUCCCAGUCUCUGUACAGCCUCUGGAUCUGUGUAAUCCUGCAAGGUCUCUUGUCUUAUCUGAAGAGAUGAUUUUGCAUGAAAGCAAGCAUCAGUCUAUCAAGGUGACUGUUUUCAUCUACACUGAUCUGAUGCUGCUCACCAGAGAAGAUGAGCUGGGCCGGUGCAAUGUGCUGCAGAACCCUCUCUUCCUUCAGCACCUGAAGCUGCAGGAGGAUUCCUCCAAUGAUCUGAAGUUUUACCUCAUCAACGUCACAGAGAAGUCGGAUUGCUUAUUAAGUUUGGAAUCUUCUUCGGAAAAGCAGAAGAGGAGGGUUUGCCAGUGCCUGAAGGAGAGCAUUGAAAAGCAGCACCAGGAGAGAGAACCACCUGCUACAGAGGACAAGAUGCUCGAGCCAAAGGCAGAUGAACAUGGAGAGAUGGCCUCUGAGGAGGAGAGGGUGUCCGGGAGCAUCGUGGAAGCUCUGGCAAGCAGGAAACUGGAGAAUGAGAAUAAAACUGAAGAGGAGAAAACCUCUUCAACACCUCCGACUCCAGCAACCACUCCCACCGAGGACAGCAAGAGCAUGGAAGAGGACUCUGAGAGCUGCAGGGGUGACCAAGAUGAGAACAAGAUGGGUGCGAGGGGGGGCGGUGAAGACGGGGGUGUGAGGGGUGGAGGUGGAGAUGAGUGUGCGAGAGGGGGCGGAGAGGACGGGGGGGCGAGAGGUGGAGGUGGAGAUGAGAGUGCAAUGGGGGGUGGUGAAGAUGGGGGUGUGAGGGGUGGAGAUGAGAGUGCGAGGGGGGGUGGUGAGGAUGGUGGUGCGAGGGUUGGAGGCGGAGAUGGGAGGGGGGAGAAUGGAGAUGACAAUGCGAGGGGGGGGCAGCUGAUAACAGCCAGGGCCACGUUCGUCAUCCCCGAGGUACGGCUCGACUGGACCUUCAGCCAGAGUGCAGACGCGCUGUUGGCAUCGCAGGACGGAGUGACAGAUGAGGACGAAGAGGAGGAGGAAGACGAUGAAGACGAGAGGGAUGAGGACAGUGAUGAGAACUAUCUGGAACGCAGCGACAGCAAGCGCCACAGCAUGAUCGAGUCCUCGGCCUGCGAGAAGCACUGCACCCUGAGCACUCAGAGCUCCCUGCACCGCCGCACCCACAGUGAGGGCAGCCUGCUGCAGGAGCCCAAGGCGCAGUGCUACACCUCGGACAACGCACUGCACUGCCUGGAGCACGAGAACAGCAAGUCUGGCUGGCUCAUCCCCUCCCCAAGGACACUGAAGAAGGAACUAACUAAGAAUGGGGGCUCUAUGCAUCAGCUGUACCUGCUCUUCUCUGGACGAAAGCUCAGCGGAGGCGACUCGGAGUGCAGCUGUGAAGAGGAACAGGACGGCUCCAAGAAGACGACGACUAAAAACCUGGCCAAAGACAUGAAGAACCGCUUGGGUUUUCUUCGGAGGCGAAAUGAAUCUCCGGGAAGCAAUCCAGUGAGCAAGCUGGAUAAAGUGAUGAAAUCUGUCAAGCCAGCACCUGAAGAGGCAGUAAAAUGGGGCGAGUCUCUGGACAAACUAUUGCUCCAUAAAUAUGGCCUGGCUGCAUUCAGAGCGUUCCUGCGCACAGAAUUCAGUGAAGAAAAUCUGGAAUUCUGGUUGGCAUGUGAGGACUAUAAAAAGAUCAAGUCACAAUCUAAAAUGACAUCGAAAGCCAAGAAAAUCUUUGCAGAAUACAUUGCCAUCCAGUCGUGUAAAGAGGUUAAUCUAGACUCCUACACAAGAGAGCACACAAAGGACAACUUGCAGAGCAUCAACCGCACCUGCUUUGAUCUGGCACAGAAGAGGAUAUUUGGCCUGAUGGAAAAGGACUCUUAUCCCCGAUUCCUCCGAUCAGAGUUGUAUCUAGACUUGAUAAACCAUAAGAAGCCCAAUUCUGCAUUGUCAUCAUAGAGAGACAUGUGGGGGCUUGUUUUGUGGAAAGACUUGAAGCCGAUUGGGAGUUGAAUGUUUCCAUGCGAUUGAGGACCCCUCUGGUUGGCUAGAGGGUGGCUGUGCACCAUUUCAUUUAGUGUUAUAGAAUGUGGAAGCCAUAGCCCUGGGCAGAGUACUGGCUAUGGACUAGCAUGAGAAUGGAGCCAGUCUUUCACACUGGGGCCUGGAUAUCUGAAACAGUCCGGUACUGUUGGAAUCACGCAUCUCUCCUUAACCCCCCCACCUCUCCCAGUUGUUGGUACGAUGUGCUUAAAGAUCUUUCUUUGUGCAUGGUAUACAGGGACCGCGUGAAGACUCUCAGAAGUUCAGUGGAGCACUGCCCCCCCAAUUCCAUUCUUCUUUCCAGGCAUGAUGUUCCUCCACUUGCUGUGGGGCUGUUCUUCUAGCAUGCAAAUAUCUGAGGAGUGAAAAAGAAAAACAGGAGAGAGCGGAAUGGACCAAACUGCAAAACGCUUUCUUUCAAAAUGUGUCCUUGAAGCAGAAGAAUUUGGAAGAACAUGCUGCCUUUCUCCAAAGACUCAAAGUUUCAGAUGCUUGGUUCAGUACAGUGCUAAGCGAUUCAUUUCGUGAUAGAGGGAUGAGGCAGUAUUCUCAGGACAUUAUGACAUUCUACUCUGAAGCUUUCAUGCUGUUUUUAACCUGCACUCCUAGACAAAUAGCGCUGUAACGUUAGGCUGGUGCCCUUUUUAUAAGACUUCUUCACUUGGACAGAAGUUUGCCUAUUUAUUUAGAUAAUUGUUGCUGAAUGCUUGAUGCAUUGCUGUCUAAUCAUAGCUCCUUGAUUCUUAUCGUCCUAAUUUAAGUGCAAUAUUUUGGAUAAGUUUCAUUUGAGUAAAACAGUGGACUGAGCUGCAUUAAAUAUAUGUUAUAUAUUUAAUGUCUAUUAUAUGUCUAUUAAUUAUAGAAAAAUAAUUCUGUUUAAAAGUUAUUUUACAGUUUAAACAACAAGAACAUUAACUUUAACAGUAUGUUCCCUGGCAGCAGGCAGUUAGGGAUUGAGGAUGUAAAUAUAGUUCUGAAAAAAAAAAUAAUAAUAAUAAAGCAAACAAGUUUUGUAAUCUAACGUGAAAAUGUGGAUGUAGCUGUAAAUAUGAGAGAUUGAAGCUAUAAAAUUACAUGUAAUGUUUCGAGGGGAGGCAUGAAAGGAAGGCUUCCCUUUGGUUAAACACUGCUUGAAAGGCGUUUUAUGAAACGUAUUUGAUCAUUUUCACUGUUUACAAAUCAAGGCAUCUCCUAAGAUAGCAAGCCAAACCUGUUUGGUGUCAUUGCAAAGGUUAAAUAAACAAAACUAGUAAAUGA